AUGUUUUGAGCUAGUAACGCGAAUUAGAUCGGGGUAGCGGUCCAGCGUCCCCCAAACAAAACCCGGCUGCUGAGUGAGACACAACGCGGGGUGCGGGCUGGGCUGGUUUUUCUGUCGGAGGACGCGAGCGGGCGCGUUGCGCCUUUAAGGAGUUCAAGCCAAGCCUUUCGCCGAGAGCUGAGAGUGCGCAGGUGCGGGGACCUGGGGACGGAGGGCGGUGAUCUGGCAACUGGACCCCGGCUUCUGUGGUCGGUCAGAAUCUCAUUUUCAGCUCCUGCCAAAGCCAGUAACGUUGGGAAAGAGUCUGCUCCUUGAAGACCUCUGCAGGUGUCCACCAGUCUUGAAGAGCAGGAUGGAUCUAGAUGUAGUUAACAUGUUUGUGAUUGCGGGUGGAACCCUGGCCAUUCCAAUCCUGGCAUUCGUCGCCUCUUUUCUCCUGUGGCCUUCAGCGCUGAUAAGAAUCUAUUAUUGGUACUGGCGGAGGACACUGGGUAUGCAAGUCCGCUAUGUACACCGUGAGGACUAUCAGUUCUGUUACUCCUUCCGGGGCAGGCCAGGACACAAACCGUCCAUCCUCAUGCUCCAUGGAUUCUCUGCACACAAGGAUAUGUGGCUCAGUGUAGUCAAGUUCCUUCCGAAGAACCUGCACUUGGUCUGCAUGGACAUGCCUGGUCAUGAAGGCACCACCCGCUCGUCCCUGGAUGACCUGUCUAUAGAUGGGCAAGUUAAGAGGGUACAUCAGUUUGUAGAGUGCCUUAAGCUGAACAAAAAGCCCUUUCACCUUAUAGGCACCUCCAUGGGUGGCCACGUGGCUGGAGUAUACGCUGCUUACUACCCAUCUGAUGUCUGCAGCCUGUGUCUUGUGUGCCCUGCUGGCCUGCAGUAUUCAACUGACAAUCAGUUUGUACAACGGCUCAAAGAGCUGCAGGACUCAGCUGCCAUUCAGAAAAUUCCCUUGAUCCCAUCCACUCCGGAAGAGAUGAGUGAGAUGCUCCAGCUCUGCUCCUAUGUCCGAUUCAAAGUGCCCCAGCAGAUCCUUCAAGGCCUUGUUGAUGUUCGCAUCCCUCAUAACAGCUUCUACUGGAAACUGUUUUUGGAAAUUGUCAGUGAGAAAUCCAGAUACUCUCUGCAUCAGAACAUGGACAAGAUCAAGGUCCCAACACAGAUCAUUUGGGGAAAACAGGACCAGGUGCUUGAUGUGUCUGGAGCAGAUAUACUGGCCAAGUCCAUCGCUAACUGCCAGGUAGAGCUUCUGGAAAAUUGUGGCCACUCAGUGGUGAUGGAGAGACCCAGGAAGACAGCCAAGCUCAUUGUUGAUUUUUUAGCUUCUAUGCAUAACACAGACAACAACAAGAAGCUGAACUGAGGUCCUUGCCACAGCCUGCAUUGUUCACACAGCAUCUACUCCCAUCCCGCAAACUUGAUACAGUCACCACUCUCAGGGAUCCUGCCCCAAACGCCGUUGGAUCACCAAUGUCCCUGAGGAAGCCAGUCUCCUGCCCCAGUAUUCUUGGUUCCACAGAGCAUCAGGGGCCACAAGGAAAUCUCCAAGAUCUUUUUUCAAAAUAGAAACCUAAAUGGAACUAAAUAAAAAAAAAAAAAUACCCAGCCAUGAAGCCUACUAGAAGUCUUCAAGUUCAUGUCACUGACAAGCUAAUGCUAAGCAGCCACCUUAGACCAUGAUCAUGAGUGACAUUUUCUUUAAGACAUUCCUCACACAUUAAACUUGAGAUAUUUUUUGUUGUUUCAGAUAUAUCCCUUGCAUGGUCAGUGGCUCCUAUAGAGGAGCUUUAGUCAUUUAUUGAACUCUUGUUUAGAUCUAAUUCAAGUUUUGCAUAGAGGCCCAUGUGUGAAUGUAGCCCAUUAGCCACAAGACUAGAGAAGAAACAGUAAACUGUGAAAGAGGUUUCUGCCCUAGGUCUAUUGUACAGACCUGGAAUCUCAGCCACUUGGGAGGCUGAGGCAGGAGGAUCCAAGUUCAAGACUUGCCUGAAAUAUAGAGUGAGUUCAAGGUCAGCCUGAGCUACUCACUAAGACAAAAAAGAAAAAAAAUUUAAAAAGAAAAGAAAAAAAUGUUUCUAUGUUUUUUUUUUGUUUUUUUUUUGUUUUUACAUAUAGAAACAUACAUGGAGGGGCAUUGUUCUGCCUUAGCCAGCCCUCAAAACUGCUGAAGCAGCAGAAGAUGGGCUGAUGGGUUUGGGUACCUACAAAUCAGAUAUGUCAUGAGUAACCAGAAUAAAGAACAUCUGAUAGGGUGGGUUUCCUAGAAAUAAUUUAUAAUUUUUAAAAAUAGGACUAAUAAAGCAAUAAUGUUCUAGACUUCUAUCUAAUCAGACUGGAGUUCCACACCAAGCAGCUCAUGGGCAUCUUUUCUAUUCUGCUGUUCUACUGAUAACCCUUGGAUGUAAAAUACUAGUUUGUUAAUGAAUUCUGUGAAUUCUGUGAACAAUAGUGUGAUUGAAAAAGUAAGUCCAAACAGCUGUAAAAGUGACUAUAAUGAUGUGAAAUAAAUUUAAUAAGCCUAGGCUGGCAACACA